AUGAACGUAACCUCAGACAUCGUACCUGAAGUACAGCCGGGUGUGUUUACCCAUAACUCAUACACAAUUUUGAGCAAUUUUGAGUCUGCUAAUCUUGCUCGGGUGAAAUAUGUCUGCAAACAAAUUCCAGGCGUUGAUGAAGAUUUGGAAUUUCAUUUAUGGACAAACCCAGACUGUGGUGGCACAGAGUUUGAAUGCAACUACAAGUCAUGGUUCUACUUUGCCUUAAAAGGAGGCAUUCCUGGUAUGCAUGUAAGAUUAAAUAUAGUGAGUUCAAAUAAUCAAAGUAAAAUGUAUAGUCAAGGCAUGACUCCUGUAUUUAAAGUUGAUUUAGGAAAAUCAGAUAAAUUAAAUGAAAAGUUUUCUAAAGCAUCCUGGUCAAGAAUAAAAGAAAUACCAACUUAUCAGGUAAACAAUAAUCAAGAAUUUGUGUUGAGUUUUAGUCACCGUUCUUUGAAAAAUAUUGAAGCUACAACAUAUUAUGCUUUUACUUAUCCUUAUACUUACACUGAGUUAUGUAACAGCUUAAGUUUUUAUGAAAAACAAUUUCCAUUACCAUCAGAUUUAAGAGAAAACAAUGAGAAGGAUGUUUAUUUUUAUCGAGAAACUAUAGUAAAAUCCUUAGAAAAUCGUUCUGUGGAUUUAUUAACUAUUAGUUCCUUUAAAGGUAUUUCAGAAGAAAGGGAAUGCCGUUUAUUUGGAUUAUUUCCAGAUGAAAAACCUAGGUCACAUGUUUUCAAAAAUAAAAAGGUCAUAGUUAUGAGUGCAAGAGUGCAUCCAGGUGAAACACCUUCUAGUUUUGUGAUGAAUGGUUUGAUAAAAUAUUUAAUUAGUAAGGAUGAACAAGCUGAUAUACUACGUCAAAAUUAUGUUUUCAAACUAAUUCCUAUGCUAAAUCCAGAUGGAGUAGCUAGAGGAUUUUAUCGUACAGAUACUAGAGGUUGUAAUCUCAACCGGUUUUAUCUGAAACCAUCUUUGAAACUUCAUCCAUCUAUUUAUGCUGCCAGAUCAUUGAUCUUGUAUCAUCACCUUGGAUAUGAAUUACGAGAUGAGUUAAUCGAAGAAAAUUCAACAUCAAUUUUUUGUAGUUCAUCCAAUAAUGAUGAUGAAUUAAAUACUAAAAUGAAACCAACAAUUUUAAAUAAUGAUGUAGAUUCAUUGAAUGUCUUAUUAAAGAAGAGUCAAUUGUGUACAGCUGAUUGUUUUACAAAUAAAGGCAUUGACUCAGGAUUAUAUUUAUAUGUUGAUUUUCAUGGCCAUGCAUCCAAAAAAGGGAUAUUUAUGUAUGGAAAUAAUUUUGAAAACAUGGUUGAUAACAUUGAAUGUAUGGUUUAUCCCACACUUAUGACUAUAAACAAUCAAAACUUUCAUUACACUUCUUGUAAUUUCAGCAAGCAUAAUAUGUAUUCUAAGGAUAAGAAAUUUGGUCUAAGUAAAGAAGGAAGUGGUCGAGUAGCUGUUCUUAAAUAUACAGGUCUCAUACGCAGUUACACAUUAGAAUGUAACUACAAUACUGGCAGAUUUGUUAACUAUAUUCCUCCUAAAGUACAUUUUGUUUCUGAGAGAAGACCUAUCCAGAGUGUUAUUCCACCAAAAUUUACACCAACCGUUUUCGAGCAGGUUGGAAAAUCAUUGGCGAUUUCUAUUUUGGAUUUAUCAAAUUUAAAUCCAAACAGUCGGUUAGAUAGCAGUGAAUUUAAAUCAUUAGCAGGAUUAAGGGAGCUGUUACGUUCAAAUAUUAUUAACAAUUGUAGCCGUAAUCGACGAUUAGGAUCAAAAUCUACCAGCAACAUAAAUGUUGAUACACCAAUUACAUCAAAACAAAUAAAGAAAUCUUCAAUAUCAUAUGAUCUGAUGAAUCCGACUACAUCCAAAUUAUUGCAACCCAUUAAGACAAUUGCUGCUGUAGCACCAAAAAUUAAAUCAAUCCCACUACGUAAAAGUAAAACUAUGAAAAAAAGUGGGAUAUUAAAAAAAAAUCAAAAAAAACGGAAGAUGACACCAAGCAAACAAAAAGCUGUUGCAAAUACUGCAGAAAAUAUAAUAUUUUCUAUACAUAAUUGUCCCUAG